GUCAUGAACACAACUUUCGCCAUGUUACCGACCCGCUUGUGUCUUCUGCUAUGUUGUCUCCUUGUGAGAGCUCGCUCCGACCGCUAUCACGCCGCGGCACCCGAGCACGGCGUACCGGCUUACGCCGCCGAGGUCGCCGGCGAAGCUGAAAACACUGCCGACUAUUGGGCGGCAGAGGCGCGAGCUGGCAUCGAGGACAGGAUGCACCAAGGGUACUCUGGGGAUACUAGAGCCGCUCGUAAUGUCAUCAUGUUCUUGGGGGACGGCAUGUCGGUGCCGACGAUAACCGCUGCGCGCACUCUGCUCGGUCAGCGCGCUGGAAGGACCGGUGAAGAAGCGCAAUUGUCAUUUGAAAAGUUCCCCACUGUCGGUCUCAGUAAGACGUACUGCACGGACGCGCAGAUCGCGGACUCGGCGUGCUCGGCGACGGCGUACCUCUGCGGCACCAAAGCAAACGAAGGCACUUUAGGCGUCACGGGUGCUGUACGCCGGCGGGAUUGCGCUGCUUCUCAGGUCCCCAGCUCUCGCCUCACUUCCAUCGCCGCCUGGGCGCUCGCCGACGGCAGAGACGCGGGUAUUGUGACGACAGCACGAGUAACACACGCCUCCCCGGCUGGUGCGUACGCACGCUCCGCCAACCGCGACUGGGAGAGCGACACUGACGUCACCAUGGACAACGUCGACUCGACUCAGUGUCCCGACAUUGCUGCGCAGCUCGUAAACGAGGAGCCAGGAAAACUCUUUAAGAUUAUAUUAGGAGGAGGAAGACGCGAGUUUCUACCGUCCAGUGUAGUGGACGAAGAAGGAACCAGGGGUAGAAGAAGCGACAACCGCAAUUUGAUUGAGGAGUGGCAAGCCGAUAAGAGGAGUCGUAACGAGACCUUCCGCUAUGUGUGGAACCGUGAGCAGCUCUUGGAGGCGCGCGAGCAUGGUCCAGAAUAUCUGCUCGGGCUUUUCGAAGGCAGCCACAUGCAAUAUCACAUGGAGGCUGACAAUCGCACAGAACCUACGCUAGCCGAGCUGACGGAGACUGCGAUCCGAUUGCUUUCGCGGAAUCAGCGAGGAUUCUUUUUAUUUGUGGAGAGUGGCCGUAUCGACCACGCUCAUCAUGAAAACCAACCCGAGCUGGCAUUGGACGAGACCCUAGCGUUGAGCGCCGCCGUCCAGCGCGCCACCGAGCUUCUGUCAGCCGAGCGGGACUUACUCGUGGUGACGGCCGAUCACGCGCACGUCAUGGCCUUCAACGGAUACAGCGCCCGUGGCAACGACGUCUUAGGACCGUCCGGGACGCGAGAUGCGGAUGGCGUGCGCUACAUGACUCUGUCUUACGCCAACGGGCCGGGCCACCGCGCAUACGGAACGCGACCACGAAGCGAUGUCACCCUCGAGCAGAACUACCGGUCGACGCGAUGGAUGUCGCACGUGGAUGUUCCACUGUCGUCGGAAACACACGGCGGCGACGACGUCGGUGUGUUCGCGCGAGGACCUCAGCACGGCCUAUUCGGGGGCGUCUAUGAGCAAAGCCGACUUCCGCAUCUCAUGGCCUACGCCACAUGCCUGGGACCAGAGCCACACGCCUGCAGCAGAGCGAUAACUAACGCCGCGUCUGCAGCGCUGCUCACUUGUGCCGCUUUACUGCUCGCGUCAUGCCGUGGGGCAAAUUGAGUACCGUGUAUUCCAUGAACUGAGUAUUUUUAAAGGGACUUAUAAGAGGAUGCGAUUGAUGAAAAUUUAGGUCAAAUAAGUAAAAAAUAUAACUUUUCUUUUCUUUGAUGUUAUGGAGUAGGUACGUUCCAGGCUUAAGCUGAAUCCUCUAAAUACCUACAUCCAAUUGGGCUCUUUUCAGCUAGCUAAUAAAACCUCAGUCAACUGCCUACAUUGAUGUCUACAGUGAAAUGAAAACGUGAUCGUCUAUGUCCAGUGUCCACCUAAAUUUUUUUUAACAUUGAACAAUUGCCGUCUUGAAUUACUGAUUUAUCGAUAAAGGAUUGCAAUUGGGUACAGAAGGCUUCUAAUAAUCUAUCGAUCUCUUACUGUCAGAUAAAUAUGUGUAAUAGCACCAUCAAUGCUUCACUGUUCUUUUAUCACUAACAGCCGGUAGGUACCUGUAUUUCAAAAAUGUUUCAUGUUCUAUAUAUCUAUGAGAUACUUACAUAAAUUCGCGAUAAGUCCUGCUUUUGAAUUUCGAUAUCCCGACCUUAUCAGAUCAAACAAUAAAUGUUUACGAUACAUAA